AUGGGAGAUCAUUCUACUGUAUCGAAUUCUGAAACUACAACUGGAAAGAAACGUAAAUCGAAAAAAUCAAAAGCAAGAAAAUCAGAAAUGAAUAUUGCAGCUGUUGAUCAACAAGCAGCCUUAUCAAAUUAUGAUCAUGAAGUUUUAAUGAAAUUAAGAUUAACUAAAAGAUAUUAUUCAGAUGCGAUUCAAUUUGUUCAAAUUUUAGAAUCAGCUAUACCAUUAAUUGAAAAAUUAUUAGCAUCUAAAAUCAAAUCAGAAGUUUUAGAAGCGAUUUAUUUUUUUAAAACUUCAUGGAUGUAUAAAUUAAAAGGUUCAUCAAGUGGGAUUAGAAGAAUGUUACAUUUGAUUUGGUCAAGUGAUAAUUCAACUGUAGAAGAAUCGGUUAAAGAUACAGGAGGAAAUGAAGAAGGUACCAAAGAAAUCAAAGAAGUUAAAGGUGUUAGAUUUGCUUUACUGGAUUGUUAUCAAGAACUUUAUUUCGCUUCACUUGUUAGAGAAGAAGGUGAAAGUUUAACUCAUUAUGCUAAUCGGAAUAUUGAUCGAAUCACUAGGAAUAUGAUUGAAUUAACUUAUCGAGCAACAUUAGCAGAACUAACCUCUUUAGAAGAAUUGAUGGGUGUCAUGAUGGAUAGAGGUUAUGUACAUGAAGAUGUGAUUUGUAAGCUUUGGGAAGUUUACAGUACUAACAAAGAUAUUUCAAAACAACAAAGAAGGGGUUCUAUUAUUGUUUUGGGUAUGCUUGCUGCUCCUUGUCCUAAAGUGGUGGCUGAUAAUCUUGAUAAGCUCAUUGCUAUUGGAUUAGGACCGAUUGGUAAAUCGGAUUUGGUUCUAGCCAAGUAUUCUUGUAUUGCAUUAAGUAGAAUUGGUGGUAGUGCUAAGAAAGUGAAAGGUUCACUCGUUGAUCGAAAUGUACGAUUACCAAUGGAUAAUCCAGUGUUUCAUAGAUUAUCAGAAUCUAUCCAAAUGCCAACCAAAUCAAAAGAAUGGUUCGCAAUGGCUGAACAAGCUCUUAAUACGAUUUACGCAUUAGCAGAUCAACCAGAUUCACUUUGUUCUGAAAUUUUAAAAUCUAUGACGAUUGAAUGUUUUGAAAAAUCGUCUGUACCCACAGCAACAACAACAACGACAGAAGAUCAACAACCUAUGGAGAUCGAUGAAAAUCUUCCAGUUCCGGAUUCUCAAGUUGAUGGAACCACCCUCAAAGAAAAAAGGUUAUCACACUCAGGAUCACCUACUCGAACUCAUAGUUCGACUCCUAAUCCAUUAGAUUCUUCGUCAUUUGCAGAUUCAUUCAAAUUAAGUCAAGUGAUUUUUUUAGCAGGACAUUGUGCGGUGAAACAAUUAGUACAUUUAGAAUUAGUCGAAAGAGAAUUCAAACGACGUAAAGCAGAAAAUGAGAAAACUAAACAAACUGAUAAAAAUAAACAAGAUCCAUCUAAGACGAGUACAGGUAAAGAAAAAGAGGAAGGAGAAGAAUUAGAUCAAGUGGCUGGGAAUGUUGAAGAUGAUAUUGGUGAUAUUAUUGCUCAUGCUAGAGAAAAGGAAUUGAUGUAUGGUGAGAAAUCUUUAUUAAGUGUUUAUGGACCUAUGACUGUUCAGAUUUGUGGAUUACCUGCUGUUUAUAAGAAUGAAACCCUCAGAACAGCAGCAACACUUUCAUUAGGAAAAUUCAUGUGUGUUUCAGCCGAAUUUUGUGAUCAACAUUUAAUGUUAUUAUUUAAAAUCUUUGAAACCAGUAAAUCUUCUACAAUUCGAUCCAAUAUAAUCAUCGGAUUAGGAGAUAUAGCUGUUAGUUUCUCUACCAUCAUGGAUUCAAAUUCCGACGAACUUUAUAAAGGUUUAAACGAUUCGAAUUUAGAAGUGAAGAAAAACACAUUAAUGGUUUUAACUCAUUUGAUUUUGAAUGGGAUGAUCAAAGUUAAAGGACAAUUAGGUGAAAUUGCAAAAUGUAUUGAUGAUCAGGAUCAAAGGAUUAGUGAUCUGGCUCAAUUGUUUUUUGAUGAACUUUCUAAAAAAGAUCAUAAUGCGAUUUAUAAUAAUUUACCUGAUAUGAUUUCACACCUUUCGGUUGGUAAACAUGCAGUUGAAGCAGGAUUAUUUAGAUCAGUUAUGAAUAGUAUAUUCAAACACCUUAAAAAAGUAAGGAAAACCCUUUCUAAUCUAAUCUAA